CUUUGUUUUUAUAUAAUCGAAAUUUAUUUUUGUUGAAUUUAAACUAGUACUUAUUUUCGCAAUUUCGCCAAAUUCAUGAAUCCUAUACAGAUGUAUUAUCUUUAACAUCUCAUCUUCAAAAGUGAUUUAUUUAAUUCAGUGAAAAAUCCUGUCACCCAUAUAUGGAUAACAUGGCGAUGAACGUGUUACUACACUUGUAUAUAGGAUAUAAAAAAUGAUUCCCACUCUCCAACAUGCCUAAUACACCAUCCAACUACCAUCAAUGGAAUAUCGUCACAAUUCAUUACAAAAAAAAAAAUGUACAAAAAAAGUUAUUUUCCCAAAGCAUCUACCCCUCGACGAUGGCACAGGCCUAACGAAGGAAUCACAGGAAGAAAGCAUCGUGAGUCGAAAAAUCUCCCGGUUGAUGCUGCACGUCGUGCCGAGCAUGGAUCCGCGCGCGCAUCUGCGCGAGAGGGAGGGUUCUUCCCCGUUGUUCUGUUAGGGGUAGUUGGUCGUAGGGAAAAUCGCGAACGGAGUGGGGGGUCGGGGCAGAAUCGAGCGAACGACUCGCCGGUGUCGUUGCCGGUGAUAGUAGUAGUCGGACGUAACGACGCCGAUGACGUCGACGGAGGGCGCUAGCGACGCGGUCGACUUAAUCGCUGGUAGUAGUAGUAGCCGGGUGGUGGUGGUCGGAAUCGUAGUGGCGUGCGUACACGCGACGUGCUCGUGUACCAAUGGGGGUAGGGAGCUUUGACAGCGUCCCUGAGUGGUGGUAGCGAGAAACGUGCGAGCGAGAUAGAGGUAUAGAGGCGAGCAGGCAGCGGCGAAGCGAAAGGGUGUUUCACUCGGCUCAUAUUAGACUAGUCUGUCAGUGCGCGCGGUUCGGCGGUGGCGCGAUACUCCGGUUAGUGCGGUGGCUGGUAGAAACCAGCGUCUAUUCGCGCGACCACGUUUCCGUGGAAAGAGAUAACGUUAGGGGCGAGUCUGACGGAGCGAGAAGGACAGAGUGAGAAGGAAAGAGAGGAGACUGGGAGAGAGACAGAGGGGUGCGUAGGUGUGUGCGCGCCGGCGACGCUGGUCUGGCAGCGGUAGAGAGAGAGAGUGGUGCACGGAAGUGGCGGUGGCGAGUCGCGGUGGAUGGUGGAUAGUGGCGGUUCGGGCGGUAGGUUGGAUCGGUCGUUUGGAACGUCUUCGUCUUCGUCGUCGUCGUCGUCGUCGUUCGUGAUCGUAGUGGAUCGAGAGGAAGGUGCCGGGGACGCGUGGAGGAGCCGAGCCAACGGAGACGAGACGACGACGGGACCGGAGAGAAGAGACGCGAGGAUGAGAUCGAUAAGGAGGGAGUUGAGGUGUGGGUUUCGCGAAACGGGGACGCCGCGCCGCGCGUAGAGACGCGGCUGGUAAACAUACGCGCGUAAAAUACUCACGCAGGGCGGCCAGCCAGGCACGCACCCACGCACGCGCCCCGACGCUCGAGAAGUCGGUAUCGUCGCGGCUGGACAAUCGGAGGCGACGCGAUCGCCGGGACUCACCCUCAUCCUGAGGAUCGGGAGACGGAGAGGGAGAGAGAGGAGAGAACCGGGAGAAGCAGGGAAAGAGGGAAGACGGAUACCUAUCGGAUUGGAGCUGACGGAUUCGCCGAGGAAACGGGAUCAUCCUCCUCCCUUUCUCUCUCCCCCUCGAUCUCUAUUCAUCUCCGCUCUAUGGGCUUUGCCGACGAAAGAAGGUCAAAGAUCGAUCGUCGAGUACGAGGGUCGUGACCUCACGCACACGUACACACACGUAUACGUCGGACACGCCAGCUACACCUAGCCACGCGCGCGAUAGGAGCGCGAAGGUGGAUCCUCGCGAGAAAGGAGCAGAAGGAUCGAGACGAGAGACUGCUGGCUGCCCAUGGGCGAAGGUGGAUCCGAGAACGAUGAGGCAAAUCGAUCGCACGGCGAAACGGUGUUCUCGUCGAUCGACGUGUUAGGCGUUGUCGUCAAUGCCCGCCACUCGUGGACGAACAUUUCCGCGUAGAGUAGAAGAUCCGGCACGCCGGCACGCCGUCACGUUGCGUCUAAGAUCGAGACGCGAUCGCUGCACUCGAGCUGGACACCGGUCGGUCCUAAGUGACUGGAUAUACGUGAGAAAUCGGGGACGAGUGGACGCGCGUAAGCUCGAGGAUCUCCACGCGCGUUUCAGACGCACCGCGUCGCGGGGCAACGUGCCACGAUGAACAGAGACUCGAUAACAGCUCGAAGGAUCUAGAGAUCUAGACAGCGUUAGAACACGAGUAGAGAAAUCGAGCCGAUUAUUCGGCGAUCGAGAAACGACCUAGCGACGACUGAGUAGGAACAGGGAUCCGGAAGACUAGAAGUAUCGACAGAGUAUAUCGAACCUGCGCCACGAUCAACAAACAUUCGUAGAAGAGAAGAAACGAUAGAGCGUUAGCAUACGGAGUAUCGUCCAAGUGGGAUUCAAGGGACUGAUGUAAGCUCUAGCACUAGAAGAACAAGCAUAACAAUUUUUUACCGAUCGAAUGUCAGGGUGUCGACGAGUCGAGAACCUACGCCAAGAUGAUCCACGAGUAACGGCAUAAGGAAACUCGAAGGACUCGGACACUGGACACGAUAUAAAGUAUAGGAAUCUUCGUAACGAUAACCCAUGAUAGGACGAACCGACACUUUGUACAAUCUAUCUAGAUAUCCAGCGUUAGAAUACGAAGUAUCCCUCGAACGAUCGCCGCGGAUACCAGAGGAUAUCGAGCCAGAAGAGUGACCGAUUAGAGCAGAACGGUUAUCCGCGGAGCAGCGCACAGCGCGAGCUGACGGAGUCGUCCACGAGAAGGCGGAAGCGCGACGAAAACGUGUCGGUGUGGUGAACCCAGGGAGGAAGGAUGUCGAGGGACCCGUACUCGAGCGGAAGCGGAGUGGUCGGGCCAGGAGGCGGCACUCGUUCGCCGCGAAGCGGUCGUCGCGUGGGCGAGUUGCCCACGGUCGACCGUAGCCCGUCGAGGAGCUACGCGAGCGGUCGUGGUAGUCCGUUGGGUCGGAAGAGAGGCACUCGUAGCGGCAACAACUCGCCGGAGCACCUCGGAUACGGCAGCUACCAUCACCAUCAGCUGGGCAGCCCGUACUACUCCCGCGACGAGGACCUCGGCAGUCCCGUGAUGCUCGAGGAGAGGGGCAGGAGUAUGUCAACCGGGGGCGGUGGGGGCGGACAUCACAGAUCCAGAAGCGCCUCGAGACCCGCCAUGUCCAGCUCGGCGGGCAUGUCGGCGAGGUACCCCAGCCUCGAUCGCGCGUCAGCGGGGCUGCUCGAUCAUGAUCGCGAGUUCGUGCCUAUACGGGAUCCGCGGGAACGGAGCCGCGACCGCGGCCUCUACCUCGAGGACGAGCUCUACGGAUCGAGAUCGGCCAGGCAGAGCCCGAAUCCUCACAUGCUGCGAGACGGCGGUGUCUACAUCGGCGAGCUGCAGCACCAGAACAACGAUCUCCAACGCGAGCUCGGGAACCUCAAGAAGGAGCUCGAGCUGACGAACCAAAAGCUCGGCAGCUCGAUGCACAGCAUCAAGACCUUCUGGAGUCCCGAGCUUAAGAAGGAGAGAGCGUUGAGGAAAGAGGAGAGCACCAAGUACAGUUUGAUCAACGAACAGCUGAAGUUGCUCAACUCCGAAAAUCAGAAACAAAGCAUGAUGGUGCGACAACUGGAAGAGGAGCUCAGAAUGAGGAUGCGGGGGCCGAGCGUCGAGAUACAACAGCAAAUGGAAGUUUUGUACAACGAGAACGAGCAUCUGACGCGAGAGAUCGCCAUACUUCGCGACACGAUAAAGGAGCUGGAAUUGAGAAUAGAAACGCAGAAGCAGACCCUGCAAGCUCGCGAUGAAAGCAUCAAGAAGCUCCUCGAGAUGCUCCAAAACAAGGGAAUGGACAGAGACCGUCCGAAACUCUGGACACCGAGCAGACCCCCCAAGAGCUUCUCGUUGCUUUCUGCUGUUCCAGGAAAAGAGGAGGAAAGGAUCAUGUUCCAGCAGAUGCAGUCGAUGGCCCAGAAGCAGCUGGACGAGCUCCGGACGGAGGUGCAGCGCCGGGAUCAGGAGCUGCUCGCCAUGUCCGCCAAGAUGAAGACCCUCGAGGACCAGCACCAGGACUACCAGCGGCACAUCACAGUGCUCAAGGAGUCUCUCUGCGCCAAGGAAGAGCACUAUAAUAUGCUACAAGCUGACGUGGAGGAAAUGCGGCAGAGGCUCGAGGAGAAGAACCGGAUGAUCGAGAAGAAGACGCAGACCGCCAUGCAGGCGCAACAGGAGCGGAAUCGCAUGAACACGGAGCUCACGGAGAUCAAGGAUCACAUGGACAUUAAGGACAGGAAGAUCAACGUUCUUCAGCGCAAGAUCGAGAAUCUGGAGGAUCUGUUGAAGGAGAAGGACAACCAGGUCGACAUGGCCAGGGCGCGUCUGACGGCAAUGCAGGCGCACCACUGCAGCAGCGAGGGUGCACUUAGUAGCCUCGAGGAAGCGAUAGGAGAUAAGGAGAAGCAAAUGGCGCAAUUACGCGAGCAGAGAGAUCGGGCGGAGCAGGAGAAGCAGGAAGAAAGGGAAUUACACGAGAGGGAGCUCGCCGAGUACAAAAUGAAAAUUCACGCCCUCGAGUCUGAGGUCGAGAAACUGGGCGCCCGUCUGGAGAGGGCGCAAGCGGAGAAGGACAGAUUAGAGGCCAAGUUGGAAAGCUCGCAAUCCGAGCUGGGCAAGAGCAAAGCGGAGCUUGACAAAGCUGCGUCCGAAGUUGGUCGCAGCGGCGCCGACUGGGAGGCUGCCAAACAGAGGCUGACCAGACUGGAGCUGGAGAACGAGAGGCUCAGGCACGACCUAGAGAGGUCGUCGACCACGUACGGAAGAAGUUCGUUGAACACCACCCAGGAAAUAGACAGGAUCCAGGAGCGAGCUGAGAAAACAGCUGCCGAACUCAGGAGGGCACAGGCGGAGCUUAGGGUCACGCAGGCGGACAAUGAGAGAGCCAGGGCUGAGGCUGCCGCCCUGCAAGAAAAGGUGGAGAAGAGUCAGGGCGAGGUGUAUAGGCUGAAGGCCAGGCUGGAGAACGCUCAAGGCGAACAGGAGAGUCUUCGAGACGAGUACGACCGAGCCCAAGCGUCCGUGGCCAGACUUCACUCGGAACGGGACAAAGCGAUAGGAGAACUCGAGAAAGCGCAAGAGGAACUCGAACGCACUCAGGCGACUCUUGGCAAAUCGCAGCUUCAGCAGGACAAGCUGCAGAAUCUACUGGACAAGACCCAAAGCGAAGUGGACAAGCUUCAGGAGAAGCUCGACAAAACUCAGACAGAAAUUCGCAGGAUGCAAAUGGAACGGGAGAAACAGAAUUACGACUUUGAGAAUCUGCAGAGCCAGCUGGAUAAAGCGCUUGGCCAGUCGACGAGGAUGCAAAAGGAACGAGAAACGAUCCAAUUGGAGGUCGAUCGGCUGCAGGACAAAUACGAGAAGGCUCAGAUCAUAAUGCAGCGACUGCAGAAGGAGCGAGACGGGUUCCAGGAGGAAACGCAGAAGCUGCAUGAGAGGAUAGAGUUCCAGCAGAAUCAGAUAGCGAAGAUGCAACGAGAAAAGGAGAACGUACUGUCUGAGCUCGACCUGGUGAAGGAGCGAUGGGAGAAGGCGCAUAAUUCUCAUCAGAAGCUAACCCUCGAGCGAGACGACGCAGUGACCGAGAUAGAGAUCCUGAAGGAGAAACUGGACAAGGCUCAGUAUUCCAUGAACAAGGCGCACGAGGAACGGGAGAACGCGAACAAGGAGUUCGAAAAGAUGCUGGAGAAGUACGACAGAGCGCAAAGCGAGGUCUACCGACUCCAGAAUCGCAUCGAAGUGAUGGAGGCCGACAGAGACCGGCUGGAGCUCGAAACGGACAAGCAGCAGAUGCUGGCAGGCAAGAGUCGCGAGGAAGCGCGCAAGGCGCAAGAAGAACUGGCCAGAGUGCAAGAGAUGUACGACAGAGCGGCGUUGCAGCUAGGCCGCACGAAGGAGCACGAGGAAAAGUCGAAGGAGGACCUCGACAGAAUGGCCGUGGACCUAGAGAUGGUUCGCGAGCGAUACGAAAAGUCCCAGAUCGAGCUGCGUCGUCUGCAGAACGAGAGGGAGAAACUGGUGGCGGACAACGAGCGGAUCAGCUUCGAGCUGGAGCGCGCGCACUCGCAGCUAAACAAAGCUCAGGCUGCGACGGAGAAAACGCAGGAGGAGCUGGUCAGAAUGCAGCAGGAGAUCGAGAAGAUGUACGAGAAACACGACAGACAACAGGCGGAAGUGAGGAAGGCCCAGGCGGAGACGGAACGUCUGCGCGUGGAGGCCGAGAGCGCUCGCGAGGAAAGCGAGAGGUACGCGGCCAGGUUCGGCAAGUAUCAAGAGAGCCAAGAACGGCAGAAGGAGGAGCACGAGCGGGCGAAGCUGGAGGUGGAGCGGCUGAGGGAUCGUCUGGAGAAGGCGUUGGCGGAGCUCGAGCGCGCGAGGAAGGCCGAGCAGGACACCUCGAGGCUGCGCGCCGAUUUGGAACGUGCGGAGGGCGUGCGAGGUAAAUACCAGUACGAGCAGGAGAAGUGGCAGAGCGAGGGUAGUAGGCUACAGCAGGAGGUGGAGAAGCUGCGGGAACGUCUCGAGGGCCGUGAAUCGGAGCUGAAGAGGACGCAGACCGGGAACGCCGAGCUCGAGGCGAAGCUGCACGAGACGCAGCUUCAGCUCGAGCGGGCGCGCGAGGAGACCGCCAAGGCAACCGCGGCGCAGGAACGGAAUCGCGGCGAGAUCGAGCGCGCUAGAAUCGAAACCGAGAAGAUACGCGACCGUCACGACAAGGUGAAGGCGAGAGCGGACGCCCUGGAGGCGGACAACGAGAAGCUCCGCGUCGAGAUCGUCCGACUCGAGAGGUUGAUGCAAACGGAGGGUAAGACCAGGUCGGAGAGCGCGAGCAUCGAGGUAGAACGGUUACGCGCCAGUCUGGACAAGGCGAUCAUAGCUAGGGAUCAGGUGGAGCUCGAGGCGGGCAGGCUGGCCAAGGAGCUCGAGAAGACGCACAUGCAGACGGCCAAGUUCCAAGAGGCCGCCGAGGCGAACAAGAAGGAGCUGGAACGGCUCGCCGCGGAGACGCAAUUGCUGAGGGACGAGCGCGAGGCGCUCAGGCAGGAGCUGCGCAGGGUGCAGCAGCAGCAACAACAGCAACAGCAGCAGCAACAGAUCGCUGGCAGCGAGGAGAUGGCGCAUCUGCAGCACGAACUGCAGCUCGCCCAACGGGAACGCGACAAGAUGGCCGCGAUCCUCGAGAACCGCGAGAAACACUCGGAGAAGAUCGAGAAGCUGAAGGAGAAGCUCGAGGCGGAGGCGAAGCAGCUGCAGGUGGAGCGCGAUCAGCUGGUGAUACAGCUGGAGAAGUCGCAGGAGAUGCUGGUGAACUUCCAGCAGGAGUUGAACGCGAACGAGGCGGAAGUCGAGCGUCAACGGGACGAGGUGCGUCGGUUGCAGCAGCUGCAGCAACAGAGGGCUCACGCCCAGACGCCCGACAGGGCAGCCAAGGAGGCGCUCGAAGCGCAGAUGCGGGAGGUGCAUCGGCUGACCCAGCAGGUGCAGACCCUGACGCAACAGCAGACGAAAGAACGACAGAGGGCCGAACAGGCCGAAAAACGGGUGCAGGAGCUGCAAAAGCAGAUCGCCUCGAGGGACACGUCGGCUGGCGGGAACGACGCGCAGCUGGAGCAAUGGCGAAAGCUCUACGAAACGGAGAAGCAACGGGCGGACGCUGCCGACAGGCAGGCCACGGAGCUGCAGAAACGCAUCCAGACGACGGAAAGGCAGCUGCACGUCCAGCAGCAGCAGAUCCAGCAGAUGCAGACCACCAUGCAGCAGCAACAGCUCCAGCUACAACAACAGCAGCAGCAGCAGCAGCAGCAACCGCAGCAGAACGGCCAGGAGGCCGCCAGGUUGAGAAAGGAUCUAGAACGCGCGCGAGAGGAGCUUAAGCAGGCGGCCGUCGAGCGCGAGCGGUUCCAGGCGCAGCUCGAAAUGCUGUGCCAGGAACUCGAGAAAAAUCAGGUGGACUUGCACGAGGCGAACAAGAAACUCCAAGCUGGCGGAGGGAAACCUGGUACCGACACUACUCAAGAGAAAAGACAGCUGGAGGAACAGAGACGCCAACUGGAGGAGCAGAGAAGACAGAUGGAAGAGCGAGCGAAGUCCGUAGAUCAGAAAGCUAGAACGAUAGAGGAGAAGGAGAGGACGCUCCAAAGUCUCGACCAGGACCUGAAGAAACGGAAAGCGAAAAUGGACCAGCUGGAGCAGCAGUUGCAGAGGAGCGGUGGGUCGCCGGACAAAAGAUUGGCGGAGAUGCAGAAGAGUCUCGAAGCUGCAGAGAAAGAAUUGGAAAAAGCGAAACAGGAGUCGACCAGAAGCGCUGCAGAGACCGAGAGGCUACUGCAACUGAUGCAGAUGACUCAGGAAGAGCAGAACUCCAAAGAGAGACAAAUCAGAGAACUUCAAGAUGCACUAAAAGCCGCACAAGCCAAGUUGAAACAAGCCGCAACUGCACAGCAACAAGAGGACCUGGAAACGGUGAAAUACCAAGCCGAGAACGCGAGAGGGGUCGAGGAAAGCAGGAAAAAGGAGCUAGAAGCGAAGGACAAGCGAAUAUCGGAGCUGGAGCUGAAGGCAUCCUCCCUGGAGAGGCUGCUAAAGGAGCAAGCGUGCUCAAAGAAGAUGAAGGACGCCAGGAACGUCAGCCUGGAGGACAACGACGGCUGGAAGAAGGAGCUGGAGCUGAAGAAUAGACGAAUAGCCGAGCUAGAAGGCGAGCUGAUCGCCUGCAAGAUCAUCGAGGACAUCAACAAUACGUCUACGCAGAGUUCAAAGCUGACCGAUGAACUCAAGGAGGAGAAAGACUCGUGGAGGAAGGAGCUGGAGGUCAAGAACAAACGCAUAUCGCAGCUAGAGGACGAGAUCGAGGCUCUGAAGAGGCUGGUGAAGGAGGACGGCGAAACGUCCAAGUCCAUGAAGUGCGAAACCGAAGCGAAAGACGAGAACCAGUCCUGGAAACAGGAGAUCGAGACCAAAAAUCGACGAAUCGUCGAGCUAGAGCAGGAAAUGAAAUCUCUGGAGAACUUCCUCAGGGAGCACGCUGAUACAGAGAGCGUACGAGACCUGGAGAUCGUGAUUAAGAGGAAGACUAGGAGGAUAGAGGAGCUGGAGGACACCGUGGCAGAGUUCGAGGACUUUCUCAAACAGAAUCCCGACGUGAAAGAGCUGCACGAUCUUCGUUGCCAGGUGACAGCUGGGAACAGACGGAUCCAAGAGUUGGAGAGGUGGAUACAGAAGAACGGCGAGAACAGGGAGGCGAGGAUCGGUCAGGAGAGGGUCGUCGAGCUGGAGGAGAUGGUCACGCAGCUGGAGGAGUACGUGAGGAAGCACAACGUGGACGGACUGAAGAGGAAGUUGCAGGAUCGAGAGUGCAGGAUCGAGCAGCUGCAGAGCCGUGUUGGGUAUUUGGAGAAGGAGCUAGUGAAGGUUGAGGAAAGUUGUCAAGGAAAGGAAGCACAAAAGAAUCAUCGAAACGUCCAAGACAGAGGGACAGGAAUGAAGCCAGACGAUCUUCCCUGCGAUCACCCGACUAACGACGAGGCCUCAGAGCUGAUCAAUAAGGAGCAGAAGAUGAAGAAGAUGGAGCACGCUAUCUCUGAGAAGGACAACAGGAUCCACGCGUACGAGCAGCAGAUUGCGGAGUUCAAGGACGAGAUAGCGAAGCUGAGGAAGGAGACGGAUGCUCUGAAAAAGGAGCUGAGCCAGUAUGACGACAUAGGUGUCCUCAAAGAAGAGAUCAGGGUCAGAGAUGAGAGGAUUCAACAGCUAGAGGAUGAAAUAGACUUUCUGGAAAGAGCCUUCAACGAGAGGAUCGACCUCGACCAGAUCGAGGAGCUCAUGAACGUUAUAAAGGAAAAGGAGGACAAGGAGUGCCUGAUGUCCAAGGAUCUCGCGGAAAAAAGAAACAAAAUCGAGGAACUCGGAGAGGCUCUUCGCCAAAGCGUCGUCAUUGCCAGCGACAGUGAAAGGAAAUUGAAGAAUGAAGAGAAGAUGAGGAAGGAAACCCUUCAAAAAGUAGCCAAGUUGGAGCAGAGGAUCGCGUCGAUGCAAUCAACUUCGGCGUUGAAGUGCAUCACCUGUCAACCCCUCCUGUCCAAGUUGCAGAAGUACGAAACGAAGCUCCAACGACUCGCCGAAGAAAGAACUGCGCAGCUCGAGGAUCUACGUCAAGUGAAACGAGAGGCUUUGAAGGCUGCAGUCUCUGAGAAGGAUGCGCAUCUGGCCUUGCUGGAACAUUCCGGGAUUAAAACUGCGGCUCAGUUCGAGCAAGCUGAACAGCUGAAGGCAGACAGAAAGAGGCUCCUGGACAAGCUGAAGAAAGAGGAUGAGAAGAGUAUCGAGUUAUCGAUAGAGUCAGAUUCGACGGACUCGGCGGGGACGCCACAUCUACUAACGAAAGUUUUGGAGACAUCGGACGACGAGGAAGAAGCUCCCGUGUAUCAUCACAGUGAUUCGAGUUCCCCGCGGCCAGCUACGACGAAUGGCGACAGCUGUUCUCACUCCAAAAAGAAGACAUCGAAAGGAUCGGAAUCGCGAAGCAACCGAGACCAGUCGAAGCCCCAUCGACGGGAUAGCAGAUAAGUACUCGAGGCCGCCUACGGUUAUUACGGUGUAGAAAACAAAACAAACAAACAAACCAAAUCGGUCUCUCUUCGUUUCUUCGAUGUUGUCAUCUGCACACACACACGCAACCGUAGAGGCAGUCUAGAGCCAUUCUAGAGUCUUAGAGAGAAACCAACAGUCAACAGAGAUACCUCAUCGACCCAACAGCGACAGUACCGACAGACAGCACCCCAUGAUUCAUUCGUACCCAAAAUCAGCAUACAUCAUCGCGAAUCACCAUCAACCAUUACCACCAUCUUCAUCAUCCAUCACUUCGAUCACUUUGAUCACCGUCAUCCAAGCACGUCGUCCUCGCAAUAUCCCACGGAACCAACCGAGGAGGAUCAUUUCGCGAGGUAUCGGUGGCCUGGUUUAAACCAAUCGUAAACGAGGCUGUCCGUUUCACGUGGAUCGUUCCAAGGACGCGCCAGUAUCAGCGGGAUCUUCUCAAGGGACGACGAAAAAUGCUCCCUCGGGUCUUUAGAGCAGACAGGAUAACAACAUAUCGUUUAGAUAACCGAAACGUGGCGCGAAGGAUAAAAAACAAUUAUGUAUCGCGCGAAACUCGACGAUCUACGGGAGUACGUAGCUGCCCAAUGACUAGACCAAUUGAAACAGAGCGUCCAUGGAGGAGGUACAAUUGUUACGAUAGAAAAUAGAUAGUUUUUUCGGUAGACCAGUUGGUUGCAUGCCUCGGAGUCCUCUGGGGAUGCUCCGUUUCCAGGAAGAACGCGUCGAAUCGUUUAGAAUUAAUUAUCGUCAACGCGUCGAGUUUCGUUCCAGCGUGCAUUUCUUUCUCUACUAUCCGCUCCAGAUUGUUACGAAAAAAGGAUCGAUGAUCGUGAACGCGACGUAAGGGUGGCAGUUUGUUCUUCGUCCAGGUUAUCAGAUGUUAGGAAGAUAAAAGAGGAGAGGAAUCGUUCUCUCACGAAGCACUGAAUUAAAUUUAACAUUCUUGGAACAAACAGUGGUCACGAUCGAACUACACUAUCGCAAAUUUCGAUCAAGUUUCUUCCAAAGAAAUCUCGUCGAGGAAACAAUGAACGAUUCCUUUCUUCCGCGAAAUCACCUGCCAUCGACUUGUGCAAGGUCGUAACCACAUCGCUGCUAUUUCUCCAUCGUCCACGAUUCGAGUGGCUCGAUCAAACGCGAAAGGAGACGAUGCACGUACGGUUUCUCCCCCAAAAAAUCCCUUUCCUUUAUUUUGGAUUUCUUGUCACGGGUCCAAAGUUCGUCGUUGUAAUAACGAGCGUUAGAGCUCUAGAAAGCGACGAAAGAAGAUGUAGGAUCGUUGUAGAAGAUAAUCGGUAGCGCGAGGGAUACGACUGCGAACUACCCUCGGAAUGGCAGCCACGAAUGGUUCCAGUGGUUUCGAGAAUCGAGAGAUGAAGACGAACCGAGAGGAAGCUCGAGUCGUGGUGUCGAUUAGCUUUCAAGAUGACAAUAAACGAACGUUUCGUGCAGCUGGCAUUCGAUGUGCCCGGGAUGCUGCGGAGGGACGCACGAAGAGAACGCCAAGCGAGCUUUUUUCGUCCUAUUAAAAGUGUUUGUGUGUCGUGAAUUUUAAUCGUGAACUGUUAACUGAUUUCAUAGGAUUAUUCCGUUGAAGCAUAUUCGUGAAAGAAUUAUAAGAGCAGGUACGUGAGUCACGGAAGUGUUCGUAUUCCUUCAACUGCAUCAGAUUCUCAUCAAGUUCGAUUUUGUAUUAAAAAUUAAAAAAUAAAGGAAGUAGAGAAGAAUAUAUUCACAGUUAAAGAUACACUUUACUGCGUUUGGAAGUGGAAUUGAUAUCAAUUGAUCCGAAAGAAAAAGUCUGAAGUCCGAAGUUGAGGAAGGACAAAUAUGCACCUUCGUGACUCACUGGACGUAGACUAAAAAUGACGACCAGAGUCAAAGAACCUUCGAUCCAUUCGAACGAUUACUGGACGCGUAAUCUGUAUAUAAACGCAAGUAAUCACGUGUACACAGUUGUAGAAUAAUAUUGUAGAUACGAUCGCUAUCGGUAUUUACUCGUGCUACGAUUAUUCACGAAGCGCAUAGAGACUGUUAAUCCCUCUGAACGACUUUCUAUAUAGUUUCUCAGCCUGGAUCACUUGGUACGUGUCUAUUUUACGUUGACAGCCAUGUAAAUGUUUAUAGAGAUUGUUACGGAGGUUUCGUUCGUCUACUGACACGAUCGAUCGAUAUUUAUUGAAACUGUUGCGAAAUCUUUAUCCGUGUAAAUAGUCACACACGUAUAUAUAGAUGUGAAUUCUAUUGGGUUGUUUGCUAAAGAGACAAAUUUUUCUUUCGACUCUUGCGUACGAUACUUUAGGAUUUUUCUAAGAGGAUAGAGGACUUGCGAGUGCAAAGUAGGUUAUAGUUCCCGGCGAAUAGUUAAACAUUAUAGAUCGUUUCAGAGUUUGCAAUAUGAUAGAUUCUAAUAGGCUAGGUAACGAGCUCAAUUGAUCGGAGCAGUCAAUAAAAAAUUUAAGUUCCUUUACGAAAUGAAAGAGAUAUUCACGCAAUAGAGGAUUAAUAUUUAUCAAUUAUCGAGUCAAUAACUGUCAGAGUCAAGGAAAGCACAGACAUACGUACGAAAUCCCCCGAGCGUUUUCUUCGUGCGUCUUCGAGAACGCAUUCAAGACAGCGGCCAUUGUCUUAGACGAAGAGAAAGGACAAUUGGCGGGGAGCCUGUUUUCCAACGAAGAUGGACACGCGAAAAGACAUUGGCGUGCCGGUGCUGACCAGUUUCCGGAUCCAAGGAGAAUCUAAUAACCUUCCUUCGAUCGUUAAACGGUCGAUUGAGAUUCCCAGUUGCCAUCGAGUAUACACUCUCGACCAGAAAUGGGCAAAAUUCUUAUCUCGAAGAAUGUAAGAUAAAUAAGCAUCCAUCUGUCUCAAUCUCAAGCAUUUGUCGAAUAAAAAUUAGAAUUCGAUUUACAUACAGUGGCUGUAGAUAAUAUUUCUGCACCGAUCAAUUUCCAAAAAAAUUAUAUGAAAUCGCAAUUUAUUAACUUCUUUUUUAUAAAUAAUGAUAUUCUUCAUAUUCUUGGAAAUCUCUAUAAUAGAUACAGUCCAACAAAAAUUAGUUAUUUAUAUAAGUUGCGAAAUUAACAAGAAAACAAUAGUAAAUCGAUCGAAAUAUAGAAGUAAUAAAUAUUCAAACAAUUGUUAAAUUUUUAAAACUUCAUAAUGAAACGAAAUUUAUAUUAAUUUAUAAAUAAUUAAUACUUCGUUGAAUUACCUUUUGAUUUUACAAUUGCUGCAACUCUUUCAGGUAUUAAAUUAACUAAGUGUCAAUGUUAUUCGUGUUGGGAUCUUCUUCCAUUCCUCCAUUUUUUGAGACUUCUUUACUGGAAAUUUGAUGUUUUCGAAUUCGUACGAGGCAGUAAACUAUUGCGUUUAUGUUACAAACUCUACUGUAAAUGGUUCGUCAUAAGAACCGUACGGAUACUUAUUGCUUCCAUAUUUCUGAUGAUUCUUCGUAUUUUUUUCUUAACUUCGCAAGUUAUAUAAUCUAGUAAUUGUUGGUUGGACUAUAUCUAUUCUAGAGAUUUCCGAGAAUACGUAGAUUAUCAUUGUUCAUAGAAAAGAAGGUAAUAAACUACAAUUUCACGCAAAAGUUUUUUGGGAAACUGAUCGUUGUACGAAUACAUUCUACACUCAACGUAGAAACGAACUGUAUCGCAAAAUAAACGAAUAAAGAUUUCUCCGGUUGAAUUUUACUCGUGAUUCGACUAAAAUUUUGCCCAUCCGUGGUCUCGGACUCGAGAGAAUGGUUGCCAUUGGGACAGCGGGGAUCGGGGUCGUUGAACGCGAGGCGCUGAAGAAUAGCGUAGAAAGAAACGAGUCGUUUUUGUAAAUAGGUCGUACUUCGACGUUUCUUCGAUAGCCCUGCUAGUCGUAGUCUAACACCUGUGUCCGCUCUGGUUCUGUACCCAUUCCCCCGUCUAACGACUAGUCUAGAGUAAACCUGUACUACGCGUAUACAUAGAUAUAUCCUAAACGAAUUCUCUCGAGCAGAUAAAACUUCAGACUAACCUUACGAACUGAUAGCGCCCAGUGCAUGAUUCCCGUACACUGGCCUGGAGGCAGAGAUGGGCAAAAUUCUAUCCUCAAUAUUUACGCCACCUGUACGCGUUUCAUUUCAGCAAAUAAGCAAGCUUUAAUUCAUGUCGCAGGCAAUCACUCUUCACUAACGAGAACACUAUUUAAACUGAGGCACUACCAUCGAUGUUACAUCACCUGAUCGUUGUCUGUCGAUUUAACAAUUUUUUCUACCGCCUACGUAUUGCUGAACUUUCGUCGAUUAAAGAAUCGCCAUCCUUCUAUGCGUUAAAACGUAAAGUUUUGCCCGUCUCUGACCGGGAUCGAUACGGUUCCGAUCGCGGGAGGAUCGACUCUAUCGCCCGCAGGGAAUUGAGAACGAACGGCGCGCUCCUCGCCCGCCUCUCGCUCACUGUAUACAUAUUAUAUAUACAUAUAUAUGCAUAUAUAUACAUAAAAACAAAAAAAAAUUGAAACUAUACAUAUAUUGUCGUGUCUGCCGUACGGAGAGUUAAGUGACAUGUUGAAAGUGUAAAAUUUUAUCGUUAAUACUUAAAAGAAAGAAAAAAAAGAUGCUCUCUUUAAUUCGUCGAUAACACGCUCUUUCUCGUUGCUGGUACACGACAACUUUUCCCUAAAAAAAUUCGAUCUCUGACGCCCAUGGCGCCGAACCCCCCUCUCCCCCUCCCCAACUUCGAAGACUUAUCAAUUGCGAACUCUACUACUUAGAUGGCAGAUUUAGCCGGAAUCGAACGGGGGCAAUCCAAUCGCGCGCAAGGUGGACGAUCGUCGAGGACGACGCGAAUCACUCGCUCGAUCGUCCACCUUGUGUGAUCGACAGAACGACUGCGUUCAGUCGGAGCCACUUUCCUCUGUCAUCUCUCGUCUCGACUUCAGACACUGGUCCGUAGAAUAAGCGUAACAUGUACAGCGAAACGGUUGUUCGAAGGGUUAAGAGCGACACCGGGUCAAUUUUAAGAUGUUCCAACGCGAAGAUUCGAGAAAUCGAUACUGACGCGAUAACGAAGCAACAGUGUUGGACAAAGGAUAAUUUAUGGUUGAUGGUUACUGAAUAAUCCGAGUAAUUAAGGUUAAUAAUUGGCGCGUUGAAUGGCAACAGUCAUUUGUCUUCUGGACGAGCAAAUAAUUAAUAAUAGGCUAUCGAAAGAAUAAAUAUCGGUAUUUAACAAAGAACUGAAUAUGUAUUGGUAAAAGAAUAAAAUAUGUAGCGAGUUAUCCAGUUUUGUCCGAACGAUCUGUGCCAGUCAACGUGUCGAUAAAUAAUCGAAAGUAGUUGCAGAUUUCAAUUAUAACGUGCGAUUAUUUAUUAAUCCUACAAAUUUUGAAUAAUUAUUACAAGGUCACUGUUCGAGCUCUGUGAAAUGAUUAUCGUGAAAUCUCGCAGUAACGUUUCCUGGCCGAGCAUCGAAGUCUCCCUCUGUUCGUUUCUUGCGCGGGCGUUGAAGUCACCGACCUCCGUCGCGUUCGGAGCGCUCGUGGAGCAAUGUUCUCGAGUUGUUCCGAUGAUAAAUGACAGAGGAAUAUCUCGAUGUCUCGUUAAGGGUCGAUCAGACGAAAUAGAAUACGAUUUUGCGGUUAGGAGGUGCUAGUAUAAGUCGAGAACGAAGACUCUCCGUGUUCAGCCUCCAAUACCGUAGACAGAGAUGAUUUUUUAAAGAGAAAUGAAUCCAGACAAUCGAACGACGAGACCAGAGUGACGAUAAUCAACUGUAAUAAAUUCCUACGCAAGUUUGGCCCACUUUUGACCCCUCACUUUUUAGUUCCGUAGCUGUGAAACGUUCGUUUUGACGUCAGCUGGUCGACGAAGCAAAUAUUUCGAGGUGGAGCUUGACACGAUAAUUACGGAGAGUUUUCGUUCGCGCGAUGGUUGAAAGUUGUGAAAUAUUGCGAUAACAACGAGAUUUGUUUUGACAAUGGCUGAGUCGGGAAAGAGAUGAAGAGAGAGUGGAUAGGAGGAAUUAGAGAGGAUGUAGCCGGAUAAAAUGAAAAUGAAACGGUUAGUAAACGUGUGCCACCGUCAUAUCAAGCCUAUAUCAUCGUGUUACAUUAUAUAUAUAUAUAUUAUACAUAUAUAUAGCUAAGCAGAAAAAAUUAAUAUUACCGUUAAUCGACACAAUUGUUAACGAGGUGUGACUGUGUUACGUGUGCGUGUCUGUUGGUGAAUAUAAAAAAUAAAAAAAGAGUCUUUCUUUCGAUCGCUCGAGGAUUGAAAUGGCCUGAGAGCAAAUUUUCGAAUCUUACGAAUCUUUUACCGGCACUCUUUAUUGUCCGAUCUCUUAAGUACUCCACUUCAAUCAGUAAUAAAACAAUCACUCCGACACUUAUCAUUGUCCCGUCUUCAUUAGAUGAAAAGAAUUAAAUAAAAAAAGAUAAAUAAAGGUUGUAACCGUAGGGUGUAAUCGCUUUAAAUGAUUGAUUAACUUUAUCUUCAAUUUUAAGACUGUUUAACGAAUAAAUUAUCAAAGCGAAAUGUGUGACGAUAAAUGCUUCGAUGUUGCGUCGUUCUAUUUAAAAAUAGUCUCUCCUUCAAGGUUAUAUCGAAUAUAUGAGAAAAGACAAAGGAAAUACGACGGGGAAAUCGAGUGACGAGCACGAAGGGCAGACACUUUAGCGUCAGAUAAUUUUAUUAAAUGACGCGGAGAUGUUAUGCGUCACUGGGUGACGCUAAAAGAAUUUCCUGAUAUCGAUCACGCCAAGUGGUCCUUCAAGGGCGACGACGAAGAGGAAAACCGAAUGUUCUUCUCAGUCUUCGAACUUGAUACGUGCGAAACGCGAAAGAAACGAUAUCAACUCUUUAUUUAGCGAACAAGAGAAACAAAAAUAAAAAUCACUAAAAAAAACGAACAAAAAAUUGUAAGGAGCUUCGAAUAAUUUCUGACGUUACAGAGAAGCUCGGGUGUUCCCGUUUUCUCCAUGAGUCGAAUAAAGCGUUGAUCGACUGCCCUCCAAUUACUAAACAGAACAAAUGAACGCAGAUAGGAUAUCCGCACUCGAGUGAUCCUAAGUUGUGACUGUUCGUGGAACACGAGUGAAAAUGCGAAAGCGUGGAAAGCGAGUAGUCGUGAGAGCGCGUGAACGAGGCCGUCUCGAUAUUAUUUUUCGACUCGACUGUUUAGUAUCUACGACGAAAAAAACGUUUUUAUGUGAAAUAUUGCGUAAGGAAAGCCGUAGCGGCGUCGCGACGAUCCACGUUGGAACCGCGGCCGCUCGAGUGAAUAAAUUCGUACCAAAGAUAGGGAGUAAUCGCAAUUGUCCAACGAUAUCACGCUGAACGCGACCAAAACGAACACACCUGAGUUAAUCAGGCCGCGAGUCCUCCUGGACUUGACGCCGCCACGGCAUGGGUCCUCCCGCCCCCUUUUUUUAUUCUCCAAUUUCUACGUGUUUAAUCGUUAAGUGAAACAGAGGAUUUAAGCGAAAACGAGAGCACGAGAGCGUGAGACAGACAGAAAGCUAGAAGGAAGAGGUACGACGACGUACAGUGACACAUUAUACCUCGGGGUGGAUCGAGAUUAAUAUUUGAAAAGCUCCUUAAAAAAGGAAUAGACUGCUCUUUUAAAUUCAAUCUCAUUUAAAGAGGGAACUAAACAAAUUGUAUAACACUAGAGAAAUAUCUAGAGGUUUGCUUCUGUUUAAAUAAAACAAAUUCAAAUGAUUCAAAAGUAAUACAGAUAUCCAAAUAUAUUCCAAGUAUUUGUGCUACUCAAAAAAAUUGAUUUAAUUUUUUCCAGAUUAAAUAGGUUCCAAUGAAUUGACAACUAAUACUGAGUUUUUGAAACAUCGAUUUUGAGAAGCCUAGGUGUCUUUUUAGUCUAAAGGAUAAUGCGCCACUAACGACGUAUCGAAAAUAUCGAAUAGGAUCGAGUAUCGCUGAUCUGCGCGCCGUGUUCGUUAAUUACGGCCGCGACACGACUAUCGAUCGCGUGUACAUACCUAAAGGGAACGAUAAUAAUGCGUGUGCGUGUGUGGCGGUGAAAAAUUAAGCGAGAAACUGCGAGAAAAAGACACAGGAUCCGAACGAAGCGAGCAAAGGCUAUUUAGUCUUCGGGACGCUCGACGAAUCGAGCGAACGACGAUCGGCGUGAUCGAGGGAUCCCUCCAGGAACCAGAGACGAACGAAAUUUUAAUCUAGAUACGAAUUUCGAAUAACGAACGAAGGAUGAACUACUCUCUAUCAUCGAAUAAAAGUUUGAAUUAUAAAAUAAAAUAUUUCACAGGAGAAUAAAAAUUGAACCGUUCAAAUCUAUUAAACGUACACUGUGUCUAUUAUUCGAAUGAAAUUUCGCCCAACUCUGGUAGGAAUCCUCGAUCACGCGAUUUGUCGACGAAGCGGACAGGAGAAGCGACGAGGCUAGAAAUAAGUUUAACGAGUAAGCUAAGAUAAGCUAUAAAGAAAAAAAAAAAGUAAACAGUUUAUUGAAGUACAUUGUUGCAACUGCCAUGCUGUGUGCCAUUAUAUAACGAGUCACGUUUGUCGUAAAAAGCAAAAAGAAAAAAAAAAGUAAUAAUAUGUGAAAUGAAAAUCUCUUGUGCGCGUUCCCGUCUGUCUGAAACUUCUUGGUCAACGACGCCACGAGAAGCGUCGAGGCGAACUUCGCUCUGCGAGCUGGAUAAAGUUUUCACGCUUUCUAGGAACAAUAGCAAUGAGAUCGCGACGAAUAAACCAAGUCGAGAUGUAAACACCAUCAGUCGUGGAAAAACCAUAAGCCCUUUGAUUGUGCUUUAAUAAUUCAUUCCAGCUCCCGCAACAGUCCAGCUUGCAACUGCAGCAUCCAAGAAACUAAAUAAACAGAAAUUCUUCUAUUAUUCAAUCGAAAUUUAAGUGAUUCGACAAAGAAUGUUUGGAAACCAUACUCCAGAGGAACAGUCCCAAAAAGCUGGUCUCGUACACCUGCUCGCGCGAACCAACAUGUACAUUAUAGCGGAGAUCGAGGUACCAUAUAUAAAUAUAACGAUUAAUGUAUACAUAUACAUAUGUGUUAACGCUGCUGAGCACGUGUACGUCAUUCUCCAUCGAGUUCCUCGCGGCUCGCAGAUGAAGACGCCUCCAUGAAAACGCAUAUUUUUGCGAGGAUUCGUUCCUGCUGUUGGGAAACCGUGAAAAGACAUUUUUUUAUUGUAUAAUUAAUCUCAUGCACAUUUUCGUCGAGGAUGCGUCGCAUUUUUAUCGAGCCAACCGUUGCAGCAAUCCGACACAGCGAUCGAGAUUCUUCCAUCGAAGUCGACGCCUCCUGAAUUCGAGGGAAAACGCGGGACAUCGACGGGGAACUUCGAUCGCUUGAAUUUUCGUGAAAAUAGUCGCGCCGUACACUUUCGUCUAAUUCUUGUAUCGUUUUAAGGAAACGGUUUCUUCUUGACCCGCAACUACGCGCGAUAUGGCAAGUUUUUCAAGGUUUUGAUAUCUUCGUAAGCAGUUCGUUAACCGAUUAGCGCGGAUUCUUUGAUAACGCUACGAAAAAUAUUGUAUAUAUAUAAUUUUCUUUCUUUGUCCUGCCGGCGGCGAGGCGCGUAGUUGCGGGUAGAAAAACGAUCGUACCCGCUGUGUAAAAUAAUAUCGUAUUAUCUCGCUUUAUGUACACGAAUCACAUGAUAAUCGCUCGUAACGAUGAUGAAGUUUCUGUUUUCUUUCUCUUUUUUUUUUUGGCGACAAAGCAACCCACACACCGCGAGACAAAUGUGUUCAUCGAUCCUGUCGCAGACAUCGGUAACGCGAUCGCGUUCGAAAACACACGGAAAAACAGCCGUUACUUUAGCAGAGACCCGCGCAAGAACGAAUUCCUGCUGUUCGCGAGACAUCCAUGUUUCUCACGUGUCGCGACGUCUUAAAAAAAAAAAGAAAAGAAAAACAGAAAAAAAAUAAUGCCGAGUUAUAAUCCAAUUGUUAGCUGACAGCCGACGGUGUGAGGAAAGAGAAAAAAAAUAUGAGUAAUUAAGAGUAAAAAAGAAAAAAAAAUAAAACCAAAGAUGACGUCGAUCCAUCAUAGAUUCAAGCACAAUAAGGAACUAUAGUAGGGCCAGGCACAAUAAAAUUCGGCCGUCACGUUGUAGGCAGCGAUCUGUUAGAGCGACAAGUCAUAUAAGUAUCUAUAUAGCGAGACUAUUAAAUAAACACAUAUUGUCUAUUGUCA